ACGACAGAUUCUCUCUUAUUGAUGAAGAUCAGUUGAAAAACUAAAAAAACUAGUCCACGGCUGCAGUUAUACCUCGCACUUAUAAUAAACAGCACUACCCUUGGCACGACUUCUCUACAAACUCCACUCGGCUCACACGAGUUGUUGUUUAACGACGGUGCCACAGCAGCUAUUUAUAGUUCUGGAAAGCUCGCAAUAUAUCUGUCUGAUCUUUAAUAAGCGCGUCGGUCUGCUCUGUUGCAGGCAGAAGUGAGCAAAGAGAAAGAAACGUGUCGUCUUGAUCAAUGGUCUCUGAGGCAACACGAGACUCUCAGUUGCCCCGUGCACGAUCCUCGCAUCCUCUCAUUUCCAUUACGCACAGGAGAGCGCUCACAUGCCUCCUGGACGAGCUCUCCUGUCAGAAUGGAGCAGCGCGUAGCAGGAGCCUCGAUGACUGACGAGGAGAACGCGGAGGACGGCGGUGAAUUAGGAGCUUUCCCUGUUAUUAUCACCACAGACAUCAAAUUGUGCUCCAACUCAGAUGUUCCAAGUGUUCCGCUGCUCUGACUACCAUGUCGUGGCUCGCGAUCUCCUACUGCUCCAAAGGCGGAGGAGCGCGGUUUCGUGCCACAAGAAGUUCAAGACUCCCUCCAGGAAAGUCCAUUUAAAUUUUUUGCUCUGUACUUUCGACCCCUUUUUUCCCUUCAACUAAACAUUGGAGUAUUGCCAUCAUGACCGCUGCAUCCUGAGGGGACAUGGAUUUAGAGGUGAAGGAUGUGAACGCUUCGAACUGUUUGCGCAACGAGAGCGACCCCGGGCUGAGCGCGUCCUCCGCUGGAGUCUCCGCUGGAGUGUCCACUGCGCUGGCCAGCGUGCUGAUCUUCACCAUCGUGGUUGACAUCCUGGGCAAUGUGCUCGUCAUCCUGUCCGUGUACAGGAACAAGAAGCUCAGGAAUGCAGGAAACAUCUUCGUGGUGAGCUUAUCUGUGGCAGAUCUAGUGGUGGCGCUGUACCCCUACCCUCUGGUGCUGACUGCCAUCUUCCACAAUGACUGGACCAUGGGUGACCUGCACUGUCAGGCCAGUGGCUUUAUCAUGGGCCUAAGCGUCAUCGGCUCCAUCUUCAACAUCACGGCCAUUGCCAUCAACCGCUACUGCUACAUCUGCCACAGCCUCCACUAUGACCGGCUGUACAGCCUGAGGAACACCUGCUGCUACCUGGGCCUCACCUGGCUGCUCACUGCCCUCGCCACAGUGCCCAACUUCUUCGUGGGCUCCCUGCAGUACGAUCCUCGCAUUUACUCCUGCACGUUCGCCCAGACCGUCAGCUCGUACUACACCAUCUCGGUGGUGAUAAUCCACUUCCUGAUCCCACUGCUGGUGGUGUCCUACUGCUACAUGAGGAUAUGGGUGCUAGUGAUACAAGUGAAACAUCGGGUGAAACCGGAACAACGGACGAAACUGAAACCUAGCGACGUGAGGAAUUUCCUUACUAUGUUCAUGGUGUUUGUGCUGUUUGCUGUGUGCUGGGCUCCACUGAACCUCAUAGGCCUGGCAGUCGCUAUAAACCCGGUGAAAGUGGCGCCCAACAUACCCGAGUGGCUCUUUGUCACGAGCUACUUCAUGGCAUACUUCAACAGCUGCCUCAAUGCCAUCAUAUAUGGACUGCUAAACCAAAACUUCCGCAAAGAGUACAAGACAAUACUCCUCGCUCUUUGCAUCCCGCGUUUGCUCCUCAUGGAGACCUCCAGGUGUGCCACAGAGGGACUGAAGAGUAAGCCUUCGCCAGCCGUGACAAACAAUAAUGUAGCAGAGAUAGAUGUGUGAUAUCUCUGUCAUGUUUUACUUGGCGAGUGGAUGUUUGCCAUGAUUCACCCGGUGCCUUCUCAAGAUGUGUUAUCAUGUUGUAAAGUAGGGGUGUUGUGAUAUACCAGUAUUGAUGAUAAGUGUGAUAUUUAAAAGCUGAAAUAGUGAUCUCAUGUUAAUAAUACACAUAUAAUAAUAUUGUAAGUAAUCCAGCACCAGUGACUAUUUGGUUGACGCACAGACACAAGAACAGUAUUCAGUUAUGGCUACAGGAUGUCUCUCCACCUCCCUACACUCGUAUUUUGAGUGUAAUUCAUUUGCCAAAACACACAAUAAAACAAAGUUAAGGAUGAAUUUGACUGAUAGCAUUGAUCUUUACUCAAAAUGCCUGUAGAUAUAGUGAUAUAUACUGUUAUUCUCAUGAAUUCUUUUAGCCACAAUAACCGUAGAGGGGAACAUUUUGUGACAGCCCUAUCACAAAGAUGCUUCCAUGUUUGGAGAGGACACUGAUGCUAUCAUUCUUUCAGAUGCUGUUCACUCAGAUUUAGAGAAAAAUGUAUCACCAGUACAUUGUUUUCCACUGUGACUGCCUCUCUGUACUCCAUUCAAAGAGAGUCCACAUAACUCGUUAUCAGGGAAAAAGACUGGAGCAAAACAAGUUACCAUUUAGGUCACUGAUGGUCAUCAGCUGUGAAAAAUUGCGCUCUCUACGGAUCAUCCUUACGCACUGUAUAGCCGGUGUUUCUGGAAGGAGAUCUAACUUUUCAGGCCCCAUCCCAGCAUGUGUGCAUCAUGUGCAUAAGAAUGACUCUCUGCCUGUUUGCACAGAUUAAUUCUACGUAGCAAAAAUAAAGUAACUGUAUUUUCUAUUGCCACCAUGACUUUGCACUCUUAAAUGCAGCAUUAAUGAUGGAAAAGCCCCAAGGUUUGUUGUUUCCCUUCAAUGCGAUCCUUAAUCGAAUUAUACAUUUAAAGUUAAGCCCUUUCAUUCAAUGCUUGGAUCAAUUACCAAAGACUUAAUGCUAUUAGUUGGAUUUUAGUGACUGAGAGUGUUAAAACUGGGGCAGCUGCCAAUUUGGAAACACAUGUUAGUUUCAGUCAAAGCUAUAGUGAAGUUUGACUCUCAUGUUUCUUCCUCAGUGUAUAUCAGCGUCUCAGGCUCAUUUUCUCUGGGAAUGUGGGCUUAUUAAUUCACCAUGAGGCUGUUUCACCCUUAGGCUUGUCUCCUGAGCAAGGAUGCCCUUACAAAACACUGAGAAGACUGUGGAAGCUUUUGCUACAGUUUUACCUCAAGAAAAACACUCAUCACAAUGGGCUUUGUGUGUUAAUGGAAAAAUGUGUGCCUUGUUUGUCGGAAAAUUGAGUUCUCAUACAGUUUUUCAGCAGCCGUCCACACAAAACUGUCUUUGAACCAUUUCAUCUAUUGUGCAUACAUAUGUUCAUUGGUAUGAAAAGUUUGAAGCUCCCGGGGCCCUCUUUCAAACCCUGAAUGAUAUGGGAAUCAAAGAAAAGGGGAAGAACAGCUGAUAAACAAAGCUAGCUUUCUUGUUUAUUAAAUGCCCGGGCGACAUGAUACGCAUCAGGAGCCAGAGAUGUAAUUUCGUGAUAGCGCAAGUGUGCCUGAGCACAUGUCACCCAGGCUGAGAUGAGCUCUGACAGCCUCCCAGCAUAACUUCCACCCAGCAAACAAACUAUGAGCAGUUCACCUCACAGGGAAGCUCCAAGAUGUCAAUGUGACACAUUCUUGAUAUGAUGCACUGUUACUGGAAUGUUAAAGAGAUUACACAUUCUCAUUGUGGAACUCAGGAUUUGUGUAUGUACUAUUCUCAGCAUAUUUCACAUUUACCUACAGAGCGACUGUCUGGCUCUUGUAUUCUGCUGCUGCAGCUAAGCCUGGGUAGUUUGCCUGAUGUUUGACUAAAUUAAACCAUUAGUGGGUGAUCAUAAAUGCAAGAAUAGGUAUGUGGAUCCGUGAGGGAGUUCAGUUCAGCACGCAACCACUCAAGCUGUCUUAGAGCGCCAGAAAUGCCAUCAAGUUGCACACAAAAUGGCACACAACUGUUUGGUCCUGCGUCUUACAAAUCAAUCUCUGUGAUGUGGAAGAAAGAAGCAGUCCACAUGCCAGUGCAAGGUCAGCCUCAGAUGAGUGGCUAAAGUGGCUCAAGGGAAAAUGACAGCGUCGACUCCACCACACCAAAGAGUCACAGACUAAUGGCUGGGUCAUCCUUUUUCCUUCUCGUCUCACCUUCCACUCAUCAUUCUCUUCUUUUCCUGCUCCAUUUCACCUGCAUCUUUCUAUCUCCUACACAUAUAUACACACAUUUAUACUAGUUCAUCUCAACAAAUAGAGACUUUACUCCAACGGGUAUACUUAAAACAUUCUACUUUGUGUGUAGUGAGUGUAGAGUAAAAUUAAUUUUUAUUUUCUUAAGUAACUGAUGGAAAAUGUUUAACUUUCUUGUUUAAUUUUAAGUUGUUGAGAUGCACUGGUGUAUGCCUUCUUGUUGAGAAUUAAAUAAGAAGGAAGCUGACUGGUAGGCUUAUUAUGUAAAUCACAACCAAGAAAUGCGUACCUUAGCAUAGAACUGGAAUUUUUGUUCAUUAUCCAAAUUUUAACCAGGAAAUGCUUAGUGUAGCUUAGCUUAGCUUAGCUUACCAUGGAAUUUGAAUUUCUGUUUAUUAUCCAAACUAUCACCAGGAAACGCUUAGCUUAGUUUAGAAUUGUUGGAGGCAACAGCAAUAUAAAACAGCUCUGUCGAAAGGGUUAUCAGUCUUAUAACCAACUACAGUAUAUCUCUUUUUUUUGAGCCAAAACUAUUUUGACAUGCUACAUAUUUAGCAUAAAGAUAUGAGAGGGCUAUCUAUCAUAUAAUCACUCCACAAGAAACAAAUGUCAAACUAUUUCUUCACUGCAUCUGUAAAUUUGUCCACUCUGACAUAAGCAGAUCGGUAUUUAGGCUAUGAUUUAGAAACUCUUAAAUGUAGCAUUUUAUAAAAUAAUCAUUGAUUUUUCAUUGCAGACAUAUUGAUAAAAGAGCCUGUGGCUAUAGUUGAUGUUACUGAUUAGAUGAAUCCAAAGGAAAAUCAACUGACUGGCUUAAAUGAUCCAUCCAUGCAUCCUGUCUGUCCUGUGAUUUAAUAUGAAGGGCAAUAUCCUGUGAAGACAGUUUCCUUACAGUAAUGUUCAGGGACAGCAUGAUAUACGCAGGCUGCCCUCUGCUAUAAGAUCCUUCAUAACUCAUGUCUUUAUUUUGCCAGUUCCAUGUAUGUGUGUGGUCCUGUCUCGCCUUGACUCACAUGGUCUUCAUAGGUAGUUUUACAGGCCUAUGGUUUCUCUGUAACACCAGCUCUAUCAUUUGCUUUUGCUUUGGCUGCUACUAUGCAUCUCAAGUAAGCGGAAAACCAAGUCACACCAUAUCUUACACCGUAUUUUAUGUCAUAUACAUUGCAGGUAUUCUUGUCAUCUUCUUCUGUAAAUAUCUCUGAAAGCUCUGUGCAGCGCUUUAUGUCACUGAGUAUUUAUUCCCAGAACUUGACCAAGUGGAACAAACUUGAACCUGUUUGUGGUGACGACCCUCUCCCCCCGCCAUCGUUUUGUGUUUACUUGCUUAUUUUUUCCCUCCUCACGUGUGCACGAGAGGCCCCCACAGACACAAAUCAUCUGCGGGAGAUAAAGAUUAUACCCACAGCAGCAGAACUCUGCCACAAAUGCGGUUAACGCAAAAUAGGUGAGCAAUGAGGCAUUAUACGACCGAACGCUAGCAUGACAUGAUGGGUUUUCACCCGCUGGAUGAAACUAGACGUUCCCUCUGUCUCUCUCUCUCUCUGCACAGAGGAAUUUCUACAGCCCUCGCACAUCAUUGCAUUUUACAGCAGUGGGGUCUCACUGUGGGCCUGCUGCUACAAUAGCAAGUCUGGUAAUGGAUUUGUGCAUUGAGUUUAGCGCUGCCUGUGUUCUCAUGCAUAUAAUGUGUUCCUACAUGUCCCGUUGGGCUGUGGGUCACAGUACUGCCAGGAGGUUUUAGGUGUUUUGAGUCCUAUAGGAAGAGAGCAAGAAAUGGGGGAUGAUGGCAGUUAUUUGCUUUUAUUUAUGGACUGAAUCAUAUACACCAGGGGGGAUUACAGAAUAAUCUCUGAAUGUUUAAUUAUUUCUACUUGACAAAAUAUUCUCUUGCUCCCCAUUUGUUGACAGUAUCUUUACUGUUUAAGUGAUGAUGAACUUGGGAGAAGUUCAGUUCAACACAAAUACCCCACUCACUGAAAAAUACAACAAUGAUAAAUCUGUAUUUCUGAUGGAAUGAUGUCUUCAGGGGGAAGAUUUACAGCUGGGUGCUGUAGAACUAGUUUAAGGUGCUUUAUUGGCAGUUUCACAGUUCAGUAGUUCACAAGGUACGUAAGAAUUAAAUCCCCUCAGAUGGAAAUUGUCCUACCCCAUAAAUAUAACUCUGGUCUCUCAAUACACUGAAUUUGUAUUUGAACUUUUCUUUUAUCUGUGCAUUUGUUGUAAAAAUGUUGCACCUCAGACAGUUAAUUGAAUGAAAUAACCUCACAGACAAAUAAUAGGAGGCACUGCUUUUUUUAAUAGGUCAUUUCAAGGCAAAAAAUGACAACCCUUGGUUAUUUAUUAUGAUUUUUAUUUGAAAUCUUAAUUUGUUGUGAAGCAAAGAGUACAAUAUUUGUGGAGUAAACAUUUGAAAAGGGAAGUACUCAAGUAAAAUGCAAAUACCUCAGAGAUUUGGUAAAUGUACUUGCUUACUUUCCACCACUGUAUCCUUCUAAGAGCAAAAUACUUGCUGACAUGAAUGAAAGCUACUCAGAGUCUUCACCCUUGGCAGGAGUUGCACAUGCAGCAAAUGAUAAAGCUAUGAAUAGCAGAGACUAUUUUUGAAGCGUUUUAAUUCUUCGCUCUCAUUUCAAAUGGAAACUUCAUUUGCAGCAGCGGUUCCCUGUUAGGACACUGAAUAUUUUCUGAAGGACAGUUGCUGGGUCAAAAACAACAGGUGUGGACUGCAGAGCGCCUCACGCCUGACUAUGGGUGACAUAUACAGUGCAAAAGGCUGAGAAGUCCAGACACAGCGAAGCCAUGAGAAAAGUUAUUACAAGGUCGAAGAUCAGGAUCCACGAGGAAGGACAACUUUGUACUGAACUUCCAAGGACAGACCCUGUUGACCCAAUCUACGCACUGUAAUUCCACUGAGAACUCAACGUUCACAAAAGCUUCCAUUUUAGAACUGGUUGGUUUAUUAGAAUCGUUAAUCCCAUCAUAACAAGGAGGACAUGCGCUUCUAGUGACUGCUCUGUCUCUGUCUUCUGUGGUUUGUGGUCUAUUCCCAAAGCGUGCAGCAAUAACCCAUCUUAUUAAUUCUUAGCUCUGCAUCUGUUUCCAGAGAAAAUAAAAUUCCAGUAUAUUGGGAGGAUGCAGUUUUGGUAUGAAAUAAUUACGGAUGUCCUGUUUAUGAAGAAAGGUCAUGGUUUAUUUUAUAAUUAUUCCUCAGUCUAAUGAUUGUCCAGUGACGUCUCAUGGGCGUCUAGUAUGUUUCUGACAUCUGAGUUAUCUCCAGUCACACUAAAGAGGGACUUCACAUCUAAGCCUAAAGAGCAAAAAUUGAAAUUAGAUAAAAAUCCAAGACAUUUUGUUCCCUACUUUUGUGUCUCGUAAAUCAUCUCAUGGCACAACAGAUUUAUCCUCUGGUCCUUUAGUAGGGACUCAGUCCUUAGGUUGGGAACCACAAGGACAAAACUGAACAGAUGAAUACUAAUAAUGAACAAAACAAUUUGACAUUCAGUGUUAGUCAUUCUCUGCAAAAGUACUUGCUUUGAAGUAUAUUUUGCAGAUAAUGCUUUAAUAAGUAACUCAAUAAUAAUAGAACAGAGAAAAAAACACAUAAAUUGCAAUUCCAUGUUAACACAAUGGUAUUUCUGUGAUUAUGUUAAAUUGCAAAUUAUUGCAAGAAAUGCAAUUUAAUAUUUAAAAAUAGCAAUUCAACCUUUAAAAUGCAUUACUUUCAUUUUAUAUUAAUAUUAUUACAGUUUCGACUUGAGUAAAUGAUCCCAAUACUUGUUACACCAUUAAAUGUCUCUUUUAAGGGGGAUGAAACAUUAUUUCACACAUUUUUAAAAUAAAACUGACACUCACUAACACUUUUAAAUGAAAAAAAAGUAUCUGAUUGCAUGUAUUUACAAAAGUAUCAAAUUUUCUGAUGCGAUUAUACUGUUUGUGAUGAGAAAAAGUGUUUUUGGCUGAAAAUGUGACAUAAAUAUAAUAGAAAAAAUGAUGUAUGUCAGAAUGUGGUGUUGGGGAUUGAUGGCAGGUUUGCUCCAGAUUCAAGGUGAAGAUAAACAUUGUUUGAAACAAAGAGCACAUGAGAUGAAUAAAUCCAACUGACAGUUUUAUUGCACAGUUGAA